AGUGCGCAGGCAAUGCUCGCGGCGGCGGCGACGGCGGCGGGAGGUUCGGUUGUCGCCCGUUGGCCGCGCGGCGCCGCGCUCGGCGGCCGCCAUCGCAGUUUUUCAGUUGCAUUUUUAAAGAAGGAAGGCUCAUGGUACAAAUUGUUAUUUCCAGUACGGGGGCUGAAGGCCUGGCAGAAUGGGUGCUGAUGGAACUACAGGGGGAGAUCGAGGCUCGCUACAGCACUGGAUUAGCUGGAAACCUCCUGGGAGACCUACAUUACACCACUGAGGGAAUCCCUGUGCUGAUCGUGGGCCAUCAUAUCCUGUAUGGGAAAGUCAUCCACCUGGAGAAACCUUUUGCAGUCCUUGUCAAACACACUCCUGGGAAGCAGGACUGUGAUGAGCCUGGUCGAGAGACUGGCACCCAGUACUUGGUGACAGCACUCAUCAAAAACAAGAUCCUUUUCAAAACUCGCCCAAAGCCUAUUAUCACCAACGUCCCCAAGAAAGUAUGAAAGAACCCCGGAUUUUCCCUAGAGAGCGGNCAACUCCUUGGACUCGUGCUCCAUUGCCACCUCGAGGACGGCUGGACGGAGGGCCUGUUAUGAACGCAGGCCACCCAAUGGGUGUGAACUCAGAUCCUUUCCUUAUGGCAGCAGGUUCUCUUGGUGGAAACCUGGCUCCAUUUCCAAGGAAUCCAGCUCCUUUCCCAAAUCCAUCAGGCUCGUUGGCNUCAAAUCCAGCACACUUUGCUGCUGGUGCUCGCGACCCAAGCAUGACUUCUUUCCCAAGAGGGAUGAAUCCCACUGGCACAGGUGCAGUUUCUUUCCCAAGGCCAGGAGGCCUGUUGGGACCAGGACCAGGACCAGGUUUAAACCCUAGAACAGGGGCUCUUCCAGGCCCAGGGCCUAUGUCUAACCCCAGAUUAGGAGGGCUUCCUGGACCCGGCCCUCUGGCCAACCCAAGGGCAGGAGGACUCCUGGGAGCAAGUCCUGACCCUAGAAGUGGUGGNCCCAUGGGCCCUGGAUGUGGACCCAACAUGAGGGCAGGUGUUUUGUCCUCUGGGACUGGUCCUCCCAAUCCUAGGCCAAUUGGCCUGGGUCCUGGACCGAGUCCAAAUCUAAGAUCAAGCUUUUUAGGUACAAACCCAGCCCCUAGGUCGGGUAUGUUUCCAGGCCCGGGCCUGGGGCCCAACCCACGAGCAUGUGGCUUAGGACCAGGUCUUGGGCCCAACCCAAGAGCUGGUGGCCUNGGCCCAGGCCCAAAUCUGGACAACAGAGCAGGUGGCCUCUUGGGUACAGGAUCUGGUCUUAACUUAAGAAUGGCUGGACCUCAAGGCUUAGAUCUUGCCCCCAUCCUGCGGGCAGCAGGUCUUUUAGGGACAAAUUCAGUUUCUUUUUCCCAGGCUUCUGGAAACAUGGGNACAAACCCGCCUACCAUGACAAGAGUACCUGGCCCCAUAGGCGCAAACACAGGUCCUAGCUCUCGAGGACUUGGCCUUCCAGGGCCAAAUCCCUCUCCCAUGUCAAGGGCUCCUGGNCCCAUGGGUCCUAAUUCAGCUCAUUUCUCAAGACCAGGUGGCCCCAUGGGGGUAAAUGCUGGAGUCUUUCCAAGGGGGACAGGAUCAGGAGGACUGAACCCAAAUGCCUUCUCUCAGUCUUNUGGCACAUUGGCCUCAAAUCCAGGUACCUUUCAGAGGUCUGCUGGCCUCCAGGGCUCAAAUCAAGCAGUUUUCCCAAGAGCCUCUGGGCCAUUAGGCCCCAACCCAGCUAACUUUCCAAGGGCCACUGGCCUGCAGGGUCCAAGUCCAGCUGCCUUCCCAAGGUCUGCUGGCCCAUUAGGCCCAGGUCAAGUUGCUUUCCCCAGGUCAGCUGCUGGGCACCUGGGCUCUUCUCNAGCAGGCCCUGUGGGUAUCAACCCAGCUCCUUUUGCAAGACCAACNGGGACCCUGGGCCUUAACCCAGCUUCCUUUCCAAGGAUGAAUGGCCCUGUAAACAAGACUUUAGUCCCAUUUCCUAGGGUAGGCAGCCUCCCUGGCUCAAAUGCAGCUGCUUUCCCCAGACCAGGGGGUCCAAUGGCUGCAAUGUACCCAAAUGGAAUGUUACCCCCUUAAAUACCAUUUUUCUUCCAGGGCCACUUUGUUAUUUAAGCACUGUGGUUCUGAGCUGGGGCUGUCUCUUAGAUAAAAGAGUAGAUACGGAACUANAGUCUGAAGAACAUAGCUGGNGCUCGAGUUCAAAUGAGCCUUCUUUUUCCUCUGCUUUUUUCUUGAUUGAAGGCAAAAUGUUAUUUGUGAGCCAUGGACUAUGGCAGAUAGGGGUUAUCCUGGCCUCAAGGAAAAGGCUCUCUGGCCUUCCGGAAGCCUCUGUGCUUUUGUCCCACAGCUUUCUGCCCCUCGUUUCUUACUAGUUCCUUGAACUGUUCUCGUGGACUUUUCCUCAGGGAUACAUUGGCCUGCAGGUCCUAAUCCCCCACUCACCACUGGAGGAUUGGCUCGCUUGCUGUCUGGUGAUGCUGCAUGGGUGAGCAGGCCAUGCUUCAGUAACUCUGACCUGGGCUCCCUGGGCCUAGUCAGGUUCUACUGCCAGACCUUUCCCUGGGGGCUUGAACCCACGUCACAGACCCACCACAUUUCUGCUUGACUGGGCCUGCGGCUCCUUUCUUCUGGGACUUAGAGGUGGACAGAUUUAAGGUUCCUCCAAAUCCAGCUCCCUCCUCACUGGUACUCCCAAUCAAAGAACCUCAAAACUUAAACUGCUAUGGAUGGGAAUUGGGGGAUUGGGGUGGGGGUGGAGGGAUGAACGGGAAAUCACUGUGCUGUGUUGAGCUUGAUGUGAAGGAUGGGUGGUGUUUCUCCUCCAUUGUAUCUUUUCUUACUGUUUCUUUAAUAAAUGGGUGAGAGGGCUGCUGCUGUCACUAUUUU